AUGAAAUUGCUUGUAUUUUUAAUUUUUAACAUUUACAUUAUAUCCGUUAAUGGAUAUUUUUAUACACUACUUCCACUGGCGGUUAUUAAAAAAGACAACGUGUAUAAAGCAUAUUGCCCUUGGAAUCAGACUAAGGACGAACAGCUUAAAUGUAAAGUAAAUAAAGGUGUAAUGGGAUAUUUCCAUUUAAAGUCUAACGAGACUGUGGAGGCUGCCAAACCUGAGCCUCAAGAGUUUUUAAACCCAGCACUUCAAAAGAGGCUCGCACAAGAUAAUUGUAAAAAAAUUAAGGAUUCGUGGGCUACGUCUAAAGAUACGAAUACCGUAUGUAACAAAUAUUCGUUUUGCUUCAAUGUCGCUGACGAUAAGAGCUUAUGUGCCUGUCAAAACGGAUUUUUUGGAGACCCGUACACAGGAUGCUUUCAGCAUUGUUUAACAGAUGAUGACUGUUCGAGUCCACUGACCACGUGUUCUCAGCCAACAGAACCCAAUCAAUUAAAGAGAUGUGUGUGCAAGCAAGGAUAUGAAGGAGAUGGAGUCCUUUGCCACAAAAAUAUAUGUGGAAAUGACCGCAGAGCUAAGUGCGGUGGAGCCAGUAGUCAUAAGGUUUGUAUUCCCACGGGGUCGGGCACCAACGAUUUCGCAUGCAUUUGCGAAACAGGCUACUUCCUCAACCACAAGAAUGAGUGUGUGCUCCAAUUCACAGUCAGGGAAAACACAGUUAUCACCCUAGUAGGUAAAAAUAUAGCAGAUGGUAGCAGAGUUGAACUGGGCGACUGCCUCUCCUUUGUUAUCAAUGACAAAACUAAGAGCAUAUUCUACCACAAAAACUCAGGAGACUCGAUAUACGUGAGAAAUGAUAUUAAGAACGAUAAACAGUUUUCAAUUUUCUUUAUAGUAACCAAGGAAGUUACGGCCUUUUCUCUGCUGAAGGAGGGGAAUUUUGGACUCACUAAACUGUAUUCUAUGACAAACACGUUUCUAGGAUGCAAAUUUGGCAAUGCGAAAAUAUUUGACCCAGACGGUAACGAUUUAUCCGAUGAGGAUUCGUUUACAAAUGCAACACAACAGGAGACAGCUGCAGGGUCACCAGGAGUUUCAGCUUUAGAGAUGGAAUCGUCACAAGAUAGUGGACAACAAACUCAAACUCAAAGAACGACAACUGGUGGUGAAACAGCCAAUCAGGGCGGAACAUUAAAACCUUUAGUCGAGGUUCACGUGAGAGAUUUGACAGAAGCAGAGAAGUCAGGAGGCCUCGCAGGCCAUCCAAUGCCACCAACAAUGGUACAAAUAGCAUCGCAAGACGAACAAGAAGGGCUGGAAAUUGGUUCCUCUAGAGCCAAAGGGCAUGUCGAUCCUAGCCACCUGCAAGUGAGCCUACCUCCUGAAACUGCAAGGCAGAUGGACCUAUGA